AUGGAGAGACCAGUGAAGGAUGGGAUCCUUUAUGUGCAGCACACCAAAUUUGGAAAGAGGUCCUGGAGGAAGAUGCGAGCCCAGCUGUUUGCCGCCAGCCCGUCCGGCGUGGCCCGCAUGGAGAAGUUCGAUGUGCGGGAUGAUGGCACCAUCCCAGAGAAGCCGUCCCUGCAGCGCUGUGCCCGCCGGGUGAUCCGCCUCUCCGACUGCGUCUCUGUGGGCCCGGCGGGCACAGAGAGCUGCCCCAAAGCCACCGCCGCCUUCUACCUCACCACCACGGAGAAGAGCUACGUGCUGGCAGCCGAGCAGCGCGAUGAAUGGAUCACCCAGCUCUGCCAGCUGGCCUUCCAGGGUGCAAAAGAGACAGUGCCGAGUAGUGCCAGCACCCAGCCUGGCCCCGCUGUCCCCAUGGAGGAGAACUCCCUCUACUCGUCCUGGCAGGACUUGACUGAAUUCUUGGUGCUGGUGGUACAGACAGAAGCAGCCACCCGCUGUGGGCUGCACGGGCACUACCUGCUCUCAGCCCUUCCCCAGAGCCUGACGCUGAAGGACCCCCAGUCUCGCCAGCCUCUGCUCACCUGGCCCUACCCCUUCCUUCGCAAGUUUGGCCAGGAUCAGGCUGUCUUCUCCUUCGAGGCUGGCCGCCGCAGUGACUCCGGCGAGGGCACCUUCACCUUCAGCACCCCACGGGCCCCUGAGCUCUGCCGGGCUGUGGCUGCUGCCAUUGCCUGCCAGCAGCAGGGCAAGGACACCCUGGACCCCAGACUCUUCUGUGUCUCAGAGCCCCAGCUCUUUGCACAGGGCCUUGAGCCCCAGCCCUGGGGGUCUGGGAACGAUGAUCCACAGCCCAGCCCAGCCCUGGGGGGGACACAGCCUGCCUCCCAGCCCCCUGCCAACCUUCUUCGCUUCACCCCACCAGAGCCAGAGGGCUCAUGCCCCAUCGUCUAUGCCUCCAUCGCCCGGGGCCAGCAGCCCCUCUUUGUGUCAGGGCAGCCAGGCUCUGGGGGGAAGCCGCUCCCUGAGCAUCUCUACGAGAACAUCUUCACCGCCAAACCACAUCCAGCCGGGGCCCAGGAAGAGGAGGAGGAAGGGCAGUGGGAGCUGGGGUGCCGACAGGCCCCCGAGGGCCACAGCAGUGAUGGGGGGCCCGUCUAUGACAACCGGGCCGCCCUGGCACAGACCCCGCGGGCCGCGGGCUGGGGGCGCUCCGGCCACAAGCCUCACAGCACCCUUCGGGCCAAGCUGGUGCGGCUGCUGAGCCGGGAGAGCCCCGGGGCGCGGGACUGGGCGUGAUGUGGCCGGUGCCGGUCGGUGCCGUUCGGUGAAUAAAGGCCCUGCCCGGA